AAUACGUCAUGAAUAAUUGAACAUUGUUGAAUACGUUAAAGCGAAUAUAAAUGGUAUAAUCUAAAAAAUUCACACGAUUAUCGUGACAUUAUUCGAUCUCAGUGUAUUUACUGUUAAAGUUUUGUGUAUACCAGAAUUGUGUGUGUAAUAAUCUUGCGAACAUGGCACUUGUUUAUAUCGAAGACACCGAUCCUUGGUUGGUAGAAUAUGAUAACUGUGAGAAACUCUUCAGGGAAAUCAUGGAACAGCUUACAGCACGCAAUAAACACCCGAAGACUUCACAAGCAUAUGCAAGCUUAUCAGCUAAUAUAAGAAUUUGUUUGAAACAAUAUAACAGGGAAGUUCAACAACUUAUGAAUAAAGUAGAUGAGGCAUCAAGAUCCGGAACUAUAACCUUUGAAGAAGCAGAACGAAGAAUACGUCAGAUAGAAGUAUUACAAAGUAGAGAUGUACAAUUGCAAAAGUUGUAUGAUGCUCGUACAAAUAAUCUUGUAUCUUCUCGUGCUAGUUUACUUACAUCUGGAGCAUCAGUGUUUGUAGAUGGAGGUACAACUUCUUGGGCAGCCGAUGACGACGAUGAAAAGCUUAUAGACAUUCAAAUACAACCUGUUGCUGAUCUCAGAACUCAACAGGAGAGAAUUUUGCAAGAGCAAGACAAGGGAUUAGAAGUAUUAUGUAAAGUGAUUACAAGACAAAAGGAAAUUGGUCAGACCAUUAGUAAUGAAGUGAAUCGUCAUAAUGAAAUAAUUGAUAAUUUGGCAAACCAUAUGGAUAGGACUGACGAAUCAGUAGUUAAUAAAACACGCCAAGUACGAAAUAUCAGUUUUAAAGAUCGAACCUGUGGCCAUUGGAUAGUAAUCAUUCUUCUGUUUGUUUGUAUAGUAACAGUUGCUUUAGUUUAA